UCGUGUGCAAUGCCUCCACUCUGUGGCUCUUCUUGCUGGAGACCACUGUUGUUUCAACCCUGAGCCGUCCAGGUCUCAGUUCUCAUGUGGUUUCCGCUUGUCUGUGUUGCUCAUUGAAUCCAGAGACUUUAGCCCCCAUCUGACCCUCUUCUCCAGCUCCCUUUGAUAAAGAACCAAGGAGAAAUGACAGGAGGAAACAAUGAAAGACUUUGAAGAUUGAGCCAGGGCCUCUCUCUCUCUCUCAGAGUAAGUUAUUUCCAGCUGCUUAUCCUAAGUCAGAUUAUGCCGAACCCCCUGCUAAUGGCUGAACUGUAGAAAAGAUUCAAGUCAAUCUGAUCUAAGAUCUGUAGCAGGGCCUGCCUUGCAGAGCGUCACAGGAGACCAGUGAGUGGAAAGGAGGAGCUAAACCAAAACAAAAAAAACAAAAAAAACAAUCCGACGUAUGACCCACCGCCUAUGCAAGCUCUCAUCCAAUCAUCUCCCUUCUCUCGAAGCAGUCCUCGUCUCGAUUGAUCCAGAGCAACAUGGGCUCAGCCAAUCAGCUGGCUCCUUCGCUGUUUACGUCACUAACUAGCCAGUUCCCUCCAGCGGCACAGAGCUUCAUUUUCUGAUCUGCUUUUGUGCUAAAAUGGAGGCUGGCCUCUCGCCCUGAGUGGAAUCGCCUUCCUGGUUGAGGUUUAGAUGUUGACAUGCAAUAAAUCUGGAGACAGGAUGGUUGUGGAUGCACCCAAUUCCAAUGGGCCGUUUCAGCCGGUGGCUCUUGUGCACUUCAGAGAUGUGGCCCCUGCGGAACAGGAGAAGCUCUUCAUCCAGAAGCUGCGACAGUGCUGCGUUCUUUUUGACUUCCUGUCUGACCCACUGAGUGACCUGAAAUGGAAGGAAGUGAAGCGGGCGGCUCUAAGCGAAAUGGUGGAGUACAUUACCCACAACAGGAACGUCAUCACAGAGCCCAUCUACCCGGAGGUGGUUCACAUGUUUGCUGUGAAUAUGUUUCGAACGUUGCCUCCAUCAUCCAACCCAACUGGAGCAGAGUUUGAUCCUGAAGAGGAUGAGCCAACACUUGAAGCUGCAUGGCCUCACCUCCAGCUCGUCUAUGAAUUUUUCCUUAGGUUUUUAGAAUCGCCUGACUUCCAGCCAAACAUAGCGAAGAAAUACAUCGACCAGAAGUUUGUUAUGCAGCUCCUAGAACUAUUCGACAGUGAGGAUCCCAGAGAGAGAGACUUUCUCAAGACCACCCUCCACAGGAUCUAUGGAAAGUUCCUGGGGCUGAGAGCAUACAUCAGAAAACAGAUCAAUAACAUUUUUUAUAGGUUUAUCUAUGAGACAGAGCACCAUAACGGUAUAGCUGAACUACUGGAAAUACUUGGAAGCAUAAUCAAUGGAUUUGCCUUACCACUAAAAGAAGAGCACAAGAUUUUCCUGUUGAAGGUUUUAUUGCCUCUGCACAAAGUCAAAUCACUCAGUGUCUACCAUCCACAGCUGGCCUACUGCGUGGUGCAGUUUUUGGAGAAGGACAGCACUCUAACUGAGCCGGUGGUAAUGGCUCUACUAAAGUACUGGCCAAAGACUCACAGCCCCAAGGAAGUGAUGUUCCUCAAUGAGCUGGAGGAGAUCUUGGAUGUUAUUGAGCCCUCUGAGUUUGUUAAGGUGCAAGAGCCUCUCUUCAGACAGCUGGCCAAAUGUGUUUCAAGCCCCCACUUCCAGGUGGCCGAGAGAGCUCUGUACUACUGGAACAACGAGUACAUCAUGAGCCUGAUCAGCGACAACGCAGCAAAGAUUCUGCCAAUUAUGUUCCCCGCUUUGUACCGCAACUCAAAAACCCACUGGAACAAGACCAUCCACGGCCUCAUCUACAACGCUCUGAAGCUUUUCAUGGAGAUGAAUCAAAAGCUCUUUGAUGAUUGCACACAGCAGUACAGGGCUGAGAAAAACAAGGAAAAGGCAAAGUCAAAAGAACGCGAAGAGGCUUGGCUCAAGAUUGAGAACCUCGCCAAAUCAAAUCCACAGUUCUCUAUCUAUGUUCAUUCCUCUGACCUCAAUAGUCCUGUAGCAAUGGAGACGGAUGUCCCUUUGAUAGAAGAUGUUCAGAGGUUAAAAAAGACAGUUGAGGAGGGCGCAACUCAGUUGCAGCAUGAGCAGCGGAAAGAGCGACCCAUGAUGCGACGCAAAUCGGAGUUGCCUCAGGAUAUCUACACCACAAAAGCCUUGGAGUCCCACCGCAGAGCUGAAGACAUGUUGACCACCCACGAUGGACUCUAGGGUCCCACCAUCUGCUGGCUCUUGGUUCAACUAACCCUCCUACACUCUACAGCCAUGGACAUCUUUUAUGCCCGGGUGCCAGAGUUACACUGGCGAUCCAAGCUGGGCUUUCCAUCCCCUCCCGUCAGUCCCCUCCCCCAGAAUAUUUAGUUUUCCUUAUUCCUGCUGCUCCAGCACAGAAAACCUGUAUCCACCUCCCUCCAAUUUCUGCUUUCUCAGGUUUUUUUUCCUUUAUUUGAAGAGGAGUAGUAGUAUAUGUGUGUGACUUUUAGACCCGUAUUUUCUCGUCAUUUUCCUCAUUUGUUCACCUUCCAUUCUCCUCUCACGUCACGGUGCGCUCACUGUAAAUGUGGAACCUGAGAGUACAGACAGCACAACAGGUUCUUCAUUCCUUCUUACAAAUGUGUUCACAAUGGAUGGAUAUGGAAAAUUAGGAACUGCCUGACUAAACGUCUAAGGAUCGUCUCUUGGUCUUUUCUUUGUUUUCUUUCAAAGGGAACAAAAACAGACCCGAUUGGUUCAGAUAGAAGACGCAACUUUCUGUUACCUGUUGUAUGUUUUCUUUAUUUUUGCUGUAACACGCAUCUUGUCAGUGCCAAGACUGUUGUGUUCUGUUCGAUUCAUGUUUGUAUCUGUGACUUUAACAGGGACACCUGACGUUGUUUCCAGUCACUGGUGUUUUGGGGUUUGUUUGUUUGGUUUUUUUUAGUUGUUGUUGUUGUUUUGGUUUCUUUUUCCACUUAAGACCAAACUGAGGCCUGUCCUUAGCCUUGCAAUCUCCCGAAAAGAUGGAUAGUAAAGACUUAGUUGUCCUGUGGACAUCUUGACACUUUUCAUUUAUUGUUUUGUGCCAUAUGCCGUUCUUUUGUAUGCUUGCUACCUGACAUUCAUUGGCAAUAUUUAAAAAACAAAACAAAAGCAAAACAAAAAAACAGACCAUGGUAAAGCCUACAGUUCAAACAAUGGUACUGCAUGAAAAUUGUGUAUUUGCUGCCUAUGUUGUUGGAAUUGGUUGUAGCAAGGUGUUGUAAGCUCUUAGUCACAUGUAACAGGUGCCUGCUGACUACAAAAUGCAGAGCAUGGUGCAUUCACGUGAUGAUGUAAGAUAGGGUAUGAAUAUAUUUAUAUAAAAUAAAUGGGGAAAAUGUAAAGGGGAAUGCAAUAGAGGGUGAGUUUUUCCUGCGUUGAAUAGAGAAUUUACACCUGCAAACUCAACUUGUUGGUUUUUAGCAUUACUCAGAACAUUUGCUCAUUAUGUUUAUUGAAUAAGUUGGUUUAAUAUCCUCCAAGAAUUAAAUAUGGAAUUGGUUUAUUAUCGAACAGAAGUUAUUCCGAUUUUUUUGUUUGUUUGUUUUGAUUUUUAAAGCCCUACCACGAGAGUUACCAAAUGUAAAGACGUAGCAUGUUUUUUUUGCUACCAGUCCUACUUUCACUUUUCUAGUUUGUAGGUUUUAUAAAUUGUGUCCUUCUCAGCGAGGAAGAUUUUUAAAGUUUAGGAAAUAUUUUCCAGUCAGUACCAUUGUUUAAACCAAGGUCUGCUAGAGGUCUUCAUAUUUGAUGUGUUGUAUUUCUUUGUAUUGUCUCUGGAGGUUAAUAGUGUGUCAGGUUUUGGAUUUUUUUUUUUUCUUUCUUUUUUCCGGCCGUUCGGAUUGCUCCGCGCUGAAACACGCCGGCGUGAAACGGCCGCAAAAAUACCAGAUGCUGAAAAUAAACUGACAUUGUGACUUGGCUUGUUAACUGUAUUAAUACUGUAUUUGCUUGAAUGCAAAAAGAUGUAAAUUAAAACUACCAUGUUAAACAUGUACCUUUUACCCUGGAGGAAUGCCAUUCACCAAACUGAUUUCUGUUUAUGAAACAGUCCUGCUUGCUGGGAGAGAUGUUUUAAUGAAUUUUAAUGAGUUUGAGUCAGAGGUCGGAGGUUUCCUUUUAGUGCUGAAAAACAAGUCGACCGUGACGAGAAGAGAUGAUUUAAAAACGAUUCGGUGGCUUGUUCUCUUUCUGCAGGAUCUUCUCAGAUCUUUUAAUUUUAACAUAUUAUUUCCAAAACAUAACUUAAAGUGUCCUUUUUGUAUGUGACCUGUACUAUAUGCUUCAUUUAAUAUUGUAUAUAUAAUUUACCUUGUUUCAUGUAGUGUUAUAUAUAUCUAGAUUAAUUUUGUACAAAUUGUCCCUCUGUACAGAAUAAAACAUCAAUAGCAAGUGAAAGAAGUCAAUCUGGCACAUACCGUCUUAUUGCUCCUCUUUUUGGCUGUACUUUCAGCAUCAUGAGAAUUUAGGAAAUGGCUCUUAUUUUUAUUAUUAAAAGUUUCCUCCUCCAUCAAAUAACUGAAAAAUAUCCAUGCCCAUUGUGUGAACCUAUCCCUGUCUUUAGUGGUGUAAAAAUUCAAAUGAAUAA